GAAAAAACAAUUAGUUAUAAAUCUUAUUGCCCUAUAGAAACUAAGAAAAACGUUUUUUCCAUGGAAUUGAGGAAAAUAUUAAACAGAACAACACUCCAGGAAGAUAUAGAUAAAGAAAUUAAACAAUUAUUUAGAAAAUAUUUAAUGAAUGAUUACCCAAAGAACAAAAUUUUUGCCAAGCAGGAAAAUAAAAUGUCAAAUAUCAUUAAUAUUAUCAAUACCAAAGGUCAGAAAACAGUAAGAAAUCAGCUUGAUGUCGCAGGAGUGGUGUACAAGAUAUCAUGUGAUUGCUUACAAGCGAAAUCAUAUGUUGGAGAAACAGGACGGAAACUCGAGAUACGCCUAAAAGAACAUGAGGCGGCGAUUCGUUUAAAAAGACAAGAGUCACCAUGGUAUCAACAUUGUGUUACUUAUAACUGUAAAAUUAAUAGAAGUUCGAUAAAAAUAUUGUAUAAAAUGGAAAAUUUGUUUAAAAGACGCGUGGUAGAACAUUUAUGUAUAAUAGAAUAUGCAAAUUUACUAAAUCAGAAUGUCGGUCUAAACGUUGAUGCAUGCUGGGAAAAGUUCCUUUGUAUAAAAGGGAACAGGUGUCUAGUUGUUUGAUUAUCCACUGAAGAGGCUGUAACGGCGAAAUGCAUUUGGAAAACAAUUUGAAAUUUACGAAAAUAAAAGAAUUAACCCUGGUUAAAGUAAAGUAUCUUUGUUGAUUUACUGUUUGUCUGCUAAUGCAAAUUGCUCGAAGUCGGUUUUUGAAAGAGUGUCUUAAUUUACUCGUCUUUUAUUUUUAAAAAUUA